UUCUUCUAUUCUGCCGCACCAGAUAGUGAAGCCCUAGUAGCACAAAGAGAAAGGGUAGAGGAAGAACAUGACUACUCGUCUCAGGAAGAACAGGAAGAAGCGUGGUCACGUUAGCGCCGGCCACGGUCGCAUUGGCAAGCACCGAAAGCAUCCUGGUGGUCGAGGAAAUGCGGGAGGAAUGCACCACCACCGUAUCCUUUUCGACAAAUACCAUCCGGGUUACUUCGGCAAAGUCGGUAUGAGGUACUUCCACAAGCUAAGAAACAAAUUCUACAACCCGAUUGUUAACAUCGACAAGAUCUGGUCUCUCGUUCCACCUGAGGUAAAGGCAAACGCCACCGCAGACAAAGUUCCCGUGAUUGAUGUCACGCAGUUCGGUUAUUUCAAGGUUCUAGGGAAGGGCGUUCUUCCUGAGAAUCGGCCUGUUGUUGUUAAGGCCAAGCUUGUGUCGAAGGUUGCAGAGAAGAAGAUCAAGGAGGCUGGUGGCGCUGUCAUUCUCACCGCUUAGGUUUGAGUCUUUUGCAUUGGCUUGUUUAAGUUAUGGAUUUAUUUAUUUGCUACAUUACAUGUCUUUUUUGUGUUAUUUUUUCUGCACGAAUCUGCUGGUUCAUAAUGUUUGAAUUGUUCAAUCCAUUUGGAUUCAUACA